AUGACCGAUAAGGCGAGUGAUGAAACUAUGCAUUUAUGUAAACAAAAGUUCAUCUCACAUCCGGAUGAGCCAAUCAAAGAAUUUACUAUGGCCACCUGUGGUUGUCUUUAUCACCAAAAGUGUCUCGAAGGAUAUAUCCUGAAUAUAGCGAAAAUAAGAGCCAAGCUAAUGUGUCCAAAUUGGGAUUGUAAAGACAGAGAGAUCGAAACUCUAAUAGCUCAAGAUCUUUUUAAGGAAAUGGCCAAACCUACAUCCUCAACUGCAGAUGUCACUAAGCCACAAAGUUUAUCCAAGAUUACUGACGUCACUAAAGAAAGUUCUGACCAGGCAACCAGCCCUAUUGAGGUUGUUAGCACUACACCCGGUAAUUCCGACAAUUUGGAUGAGUUGAUUUUAAAGGACACUAGUGGUCAGAUCUAA